AUGUGUUCUUUGAGAGAUUUUCCUGAACUACGGGAUUGCAGUCUCACAGAUAAGAACGUAUCCAUGGCAUUGGUCAUUAAAAGAGUGAAACCUGAGGCAAUUGAUUACCCAAAUAUUGUGAUCCAGUUGAAAGGAGAUCAAAAUCCUGAACCAUUAUUUUUACCAACUUCAAGAUUAACAACAUUACAACAAAUUUUAAGCAAAUUUGCUGAGGAAAACUUCUGGACUGCAUGUGACGAACUAGCAAAAUUUUUUAAAAGAAAUCCAAGUAAUUUAUCAGUUCUUAUGUAUCCGUUAGGAGUAAUUAUGAGAUUUUCUCCUCGUGCAAGUUUGAAGGUAAAAAUUAAAGCAAGACUGAAGAGAAUGGUGGCAACAAGGCCAAUGGUAAUAGACAGAUAUGAUAUAACUAAGUUCAAAGAUGAAAUUUUCUGUAAACGCUUUAAAAGUGAGAUACACAAACGCAGCAGUGAAUUAAAUAUAGAUAAUAUAGACUCAAUAAAUAAUAUGUGGAGGAGGGUACAGGAGACAAUAAAAGAAACAUCAGCUGAAGUCCUGGGAAAACCAAAAAACACUAAAAAACCGUGGUUCAAUGAGAGGUGUGAGAAAGCCCUAAAUCAAAGGAAAACAUUUAGAAACUUGUACCUUAAUGACCCUUCCCAUGAAGAAAACAAAACAAAGUAUAAUGAAAGCAGAAAAGAAGCAAGUCGAACCUUUAAGUAUGAAAAAAGAGUCUAUACGAAAAACAUUCUGGAAGAAGCAGAAAAAUAUCACAACGAACAUAAUACACACCAAUUAUACAAAAAAAUUAAUACACUUAAGGGAGGUUACAAAAAAUAUGAAAAGUUCCUAGUAAAGGAAGAUGGAACACUAAUUACUGCACGAUCAGAUAUUGUAGAGAGAUGGAAAACGUAUUUCGAACAUCUGCUUAACUGCAACGACCCCAGAGAAACCUUUACUUGGAAAAGGACAGAACCCAACCUAAACGAAUGUACAAUACCGUCAAAACAAGAAAUUGAAUUACAAAUAAGGCGAUUGAAGAACUAUAAAUCACCUGGUGAGGACGGUAUACAAGGUGAAAUUAUGAAAAUGCUAGACGAAGAUUCAUUAACACAUAUACAUAGGUUAUUAACCCACAUUUGGGAGCAGGAAGUACUACCAGAAGGUUGGAAUGUCGCUGUCGGCUCUGAAAAUUUGGUGUUGACAGAUAUAAGUAGAACAAAAUUGUGGUCAUCAAGUGUGGUACGUUGUAUAACAUGGCACCCACAAGUAACUAAACUUGCUAUUGUUUCUUCCCAUGAUAUUGUUUAUGUGUACAAUCGAAAAGGUUCUGAAGCUAAAAUAAAAAAUAAAUCUCAAAGUGCCAUUCUAUCAUUAGCUUGGAGACCAUUGAGUAUUGGUACUUUAGCAGUGGGAUGUGAAAAAGGUAUUUUCAUAUGGACAAUUGAGUUUAGCAACAUACAUGUAAGACCAACUGUAAAUAAUGUUUGCAAAUUUGUCAGAGAUGAUCAUAGAUAUAUUACUGGAUUAUCAUGGAAUAAAAUGGGUGAUCUUUUGAUAUCCAGUGCACUGACAUCUAAAACAAUGUAUAUUUGGAAUUAUCCUUUAGAAACCUGUGUUCCAUUGCGCAGCAUUAGUUCUGACACAUUAAACUUUGUACAUUGGUCGCCUGACAAUACUAAAGUGUUUUCCUGUUCAACUAGUGAAACAUUUAGAAUUUGGUCAACUGAUAACUGGACUUCAGAUAAGUGGUCUUUGAAUAAUCGUUCUAGAGUGCAAUGCGCAUGUUGGUCACCUUGCAGUUUAGUUUUAUUAUUUGCAACAGAUUCUUGUUCAAUUAUAAAUGCUAUUGACUUUCGAAAAUCAGACGUGUUCAAUGGAUCAAGGAAUUACAAAAAAGUUGCAUGGCCUAUAGUUGACAUCAAAAGUGAAUGUAUAAAUGAUAAAGUAAUUGGUGGAACACUUUCUGAUAUGUGCUGGGAUCAAAACGCUCAACGUUUAGCUAUAACUUUUAAAAAUAGUGGGUCUUUAGUUGUAUUUCAAACUGCUCUAAGUGAAGCUGUUGUUGAUUGCAUUCCAUUUUGUAUUAUUCAAGGACGGCUUGAUGAGGAACCUUCUGCUAUUGCAUUCCAACCAACUUACGAAAAAGGGUCUUUGUUAACAAUUGGUUGGUCAAAUGGGAAUAUUGAAUAUGUACCAUUUGAAUAUAUUACUAAGCCAAAGCAUGAACCUGAAAUGUUUGGAACUAAUUUGUUUGGUGUAAACAAUGAUAGAAGUAUCUCUGGUCUACCUAGUAUGACAACAACUACUAAUUCACUAAUUGAAUAUUUGUUAAACUAA